UCUUGUAAACACUAGCUUGAUAGUUUCGUUUUCAAAUAACACCCAGGCCAAUUUAUCUGGUACAUGUACAGUAUAUGCAAACAGUUGGUGAAUUGGAUUUAAAGCAAUGGACUCACUCUUUGUCGCUUUUUACCUUGGAAUGGCCUCCCUAGUGGAUGGUGCCUUGCUCAUUCAAGGCCCGAACCAGAGCGUUAUGGAAGGUGAAAGUGUGACGCUGGAGUGCCUGUACUCACAAAAUGAGUACAAUAUCAGCCGUGUAAGAUUUGAAAGCUUCUCCCAGAUGCUCCAAAUGUGGCACUCGGUGUGGCCGGCCUCUUGGUGCUUCUACAAUCUGAAUGUGGAGCAAGUGGAUGACAAGAUGGUGUUGCAUGUUUCCCACGUUGCCCCGUUUUUUGAGGGGCUCUUUCGUUGCGUGUCGGAUGACGGCUCAUUGAGUGCGCCGAACAACGUCUCCAAGACGCUGUCCUUAAAAGUGAACUACUUGGGAGAGGUGUACCUUUCCAGAGAGGGCUACAGCAGCUUCCUGGGUCUGUCACAGGAGAUUCGUGUACAGAAAGGAGACGACGUGACGCUCAAGUGCUCGGCCAGCUGCUCGGAAGAGCCCAACUAUAUUUGGUACAAGGAGGGCAACGACUGGAUCCUGCCCUCGCCGGUGAUGACGCUGAGGAAAGUGAGCCCCGCCGACAGCGGCGUGUACACAUGCGUGGCCGAACACCCCAGCGCCUCGCUCAACAAAAUGCGCAACAUAAGCCUCGUCGUUCUGCCCGAAGACGCCAGUUGGUUCGAGACCCACACGGGCCGUCUGGUGCUGAUGACGUCCUUGGUGGCGAUCGGCGGCCUCUCGAUGCUCGUGGCUGCCUUGAGUGUGUGCGUCUACCGCAGGAAAAAGCGAGCCGAGACCAAACCCAUUGAUGACAGAUCCCAGACCAAUCCCAUCUACAAGGACAGCAAAGAAGCUCUCCACUCCAGCUGCGGAGACAAACAGCCUCUCGUCUCCGUGUGAUGCCCGCGGCCGGGAAGAUGGAGUGCGCGGCCAGAGAGUGACGGAUGAUGUCAGGUGGCUACUUAAGAGCCACUCUGAUGGUUAUCGAUGAUGAGCGGCCGAGCGAGCGAGGCUCUAUGGAUGGCCAAAAUCAAAAGAAGUACCUAUCAAAAAAAAAAAAAAA